CUACCGCUCUUCAGUCACGUGCAUUCCGCUCGCUCUCACUCACUCUCUUUCUUACUUCUAUUUCUUUUCGCUAUGCCAAGAGCAAUGGAGCCUGUGAGUGGACAAAAGGUCGGUGAGAUUUUCACCGCGGCUGGAGUUGCCUUUGGGAAGCUCGGCGAGCUAACGAUGCAACUUCAUCCAACGACAGACUCCCCGGCAGGUAAAUGGACUGACGAGGAAAUUGAGAUGCUCCGUCACUCGGUAAAAACCUUCAGUGAAGAUUUGAACAAAAUAAGCGAACGCAUAAAAGGACGAACGGUCUCACAGAUUCGAACUACCUUGAAGAAGAAAGCUUUCGAGGAAGCUGGGGUGCCGAUUAGACAGCAAAGUCAACAGUCUACGGUUGUACAACAAGGAUCUAAACAGCAAAGCGCCGGUAAUCAAGCUCUUAUCGGAAAGUCUGCGGAAGUUACCUUGAAUAUGUUAAAUGCAUCCGAGUCAGAGGUGGACGUCGAAGGAUUACCCGAUGAUUGUCAAGUCAAGCUCGAAUUCGAAGGUGCCACGGAAGAGGUAGCUUCCUAACUCUCAACAACGUCUUUUAAAUAAAAGACAACAAAAUAAAUAUUGUAACUAAUAAGUCGGGAACAAAGCUGUAAUCGAUUGUUAGCGUACAAUAGACUAAUUGUCGUAACGGUGAACGGUGAACUGAAAAAGAAAGAAAAUUUUUUGUUAAUAAAUUUUGUCACACAGAA